AGUACUGAGUGCCCAUCCCUCUCUCAAAGGAACUGCAUACAGACUCUGCCAGACGCACUUACCACACAGUCAGGCACAGAGCUGCGCACAUACAGCUUGAUCCAACAGUUAUAAGACAACAGCAGGUUCCAGUUAAAGGACACAGAGCUCAGCUCAAGCAUGGAUGCACUAAAGAAGGGAUUCUCCAUGGCUAAGGAGGGCGUGGUGGCCGCCGCCGAGAAAACCAAGGCCGGGGUGGAAGAAGCUGCUGCCAAAACCAAGGAGGGGGUCAUGUAUGUGGGCACAAAGACAAAAGAAGGUGUUGUGACAGGUGUGAACACAGUUGCUCAUAAAACAACAGAGCAGGCGAAUCUUGUGGGUGAGACCGCUGUUGCCGGAGCCAAUCAGGUGUCAGAAAAGACAGUGGAAGGACUGGAGAGUGUGGUUACAUCUGCUGGCCUGGUUAAACAGGAUGAGCUGGAGAACACUGAGGGGGAGCUCUCGAAGACAGAGGGAGCUGAAGAGCAGCCUGCAGACGCUGGACAAUAGGAUGAUGUUAGGAUGCACAUCCUCCAUGAUGCUCUGCUUCCUGCCUAAGAGAAGAAAGUUUAUCUGCUGCAGCCAAUGCCUGAAUGUUAUCAAUGCUAGACCUCAGAUUGAUACUACUAAUACCCAAUUCCUUAAAAAACAAUAAAACCCAUCCUCCAUCUUCUGCUUACCUCAGUUUCACCACUUCUUUCACAUAGAUAGAGACACACGGUAUAGAAAUACUAUUCACAAGAACAAAUACUUAUGUAUUAACACUUUAUUAUUUAGCUAUGCAAAAUUAAUGUUAAGUGUGCAAUGUGCAUUAUUACCACAUCUGGGCAAAUAUUACAUGCACGAUCAGUACAUUCUUCCUACAUAACUUACAAAAUGUGCAAAUUCUAUCAAGAUAGCUUUCAGGAUUCAUUCAUGUCUGUGGAAAUAACGCAUGUCAUGUUAAGGAUUCUCAUUUAUUUUAACCCAUCAUUUGAUUCAAGCGAAACACGUCUUAAACACUUUGUUUUAAAUUCUCCAUAUGUAAUAAAUUCAGUUUUGUGAAAAACAAAA